AUGAAGCAAGAUGGGCUAGUUAUGGACCUAAAUAUCAUGUUGCAUAGUCAAGAGGAGAUUCUAAAGUAUAUGAAGGGCCAAAAUCAGAAUGCAAACAUCAAUGAAGCAAGCUUUGUCGCUUGGAAUGACUAUGCAGAUAUAGAAGAAAGGCGCAACCGUCGUGACCGACGUGAUUAUAUUUUACCUGGUCCCAAUGAUCUAUCGUUGCUAUAUGGACAAGCCGAACAUAGGUCUGAGGCUAUAUGGCAACAAAAUAUAGAAAGUGGGGCAAUAGGUUGUAGAAGAACGGGUACAAUUUUACAUUUAAAUGAAAUUUCAUAUCAAAUAAUACCUCACCUGCGGCGGUCAGGUUUUUAUGGUGUAAUCCAGUUAGGUUUUUUUGCAUUAGAUUGGCAUUUAAUUAUGGCUCUCGUUGAGAGGUGGCGACCAGAGACGCAUACAUUUAUAUUUCCUGAAGGAGAAAUGACUAUAAACCUUCAGGAUGUAGGGCUAAUAACCGGGUUGCCUGUCAAUGGUGCAGCUGUUACAGGCCGAUCACGCCACCAUUGGCCUUCAGUUUGUGAGGCGUUAUUAGGUGUCUUUCCACCUAAUAAUGCCAUUAGAGGGUGCUAUCUGAAAAUAAGCUGGCUUGCUGAGGAAUUUAGUCAACUUCCCGAUGAUGCUGAUGAGGAAGUUGUUCAUAGGUUUGCAAGAACAUACAUUAUGAGGGUGAUUGGAUCCAUAUUUGGUGAUACAUCUGCGUCGUGGGUGAACUUAAUGUUUCUACCUUUGUUAGCCGAUCUUGAGGACGCUGGUAGUUAUAGCUGGGGUUGGGCAUGUCUGGCAUGGUUGUAUAGACAGUUAUGUAAGGCGAUAAAUCCUGAAGUUAUACAGAUGUUUGGUCCCUUAUUUAUAGUUCAGAUAUGGGCAUGGGACCGGAUCACAGCAGUAUCGCCGGCACUGUCAGACAAAGCACCACAUCAUGAUGUUCCACUAGGCAGCAGAUAUGUGAUAUUAUAUAAUUGUUAAAUUUUAUUUCAGAUUUAAUAUUUAAAUAAAUAUUUACUAAUACAAUUUAUUGUGCAGGUGGAGUAAUGCCAGACAUAUUACGGAGGUAGUCAACCACAUACUCGUGAAGCUGCGUUAUCAGCUUGAUAGAUUAUUACCCGAGCAAGUACUAAUAUUAAUAAAUGAACUAAUAUUAUGAACCUACAUUAAUUAUUGCAUAACAAUUGAAUGUUCAUUGCAGGUAAUUUGGGAGUCGUACACUGAUGCCCUGAUUCAGUCGCUACCCGAAUAUUGUCACCAAGGACGGGAUAUUUGGAGGGGUGUUGUCUCACUUAUCUGCUUCCAUAUUGUGGAGUGGCAUCAGCCGAAUCGGGUCAUGCGACAGUUUGAGAUGCAGCAGCAUAUUCCUGCUGAACCUCAUCAGUCUGCUGCACUACACGAUGUUGAUUUGCGUAAAAGCGACACGAGCUGGGCAGAAGUGCACUCUCAUUGGAUCGCGCAUAUUAUUCUAGUAGUUAAUGCUAACCAUAAUCGGCAAAUAAAUCAACUUUCCACCCAUGUGAUUCAUAUUUAUAUAUUUAACUGAAUUUUUUACAAUAUCUAUCUACUUGGUGCCCCACCCAUACAAGUUUUCUUAUUGUGCCCCACUCUGCCACAUAUUGAGCAAUGGACUCUCGAGGUUUCAUUUAUUUUGUUUGACCUCCAAUCCAUCUCAUUACGUAUUCGAGAAGAUCUAGGCCGUUCCUUCUUUCUAAUUCUAGAAAUGUCAGGCAUAUGAGGAAGUCCAUCUGCUGGAGGCCAAUAGUCAGGGUGUCUAAGAGGAUGAAAAGUGUACGCGUAACAUUGUAUGGUACGAUCCAAUUUAUAAUACUCAGAUACAAACUGUUCGUAGUCAAUUGAAUGUGACAUGCAUG